UCUUCCCUUCAUUCAUUCCAGCAUUAGCUCUAGAUGCUAGACGUUUAAGUAAAAAUCUGAAUUUAGCAAUAGAUUAGCCGAUUAAAAACAAAUUUGGAACAUCAUUUAUAGAAAACGAAAAAAAAAAAACAUCGCCGUGAUCGGCGGAUCUAUGCUCAGGAAUGGCUGUUUUGAUAACUGCGUCACACUUGUGGAUUUUGUUUUCUAUCUUCCUCCUGAAGUUUACUUCUGCAGACACGACAAUUGUCACAGCUGAAGCUGCACAGAACGUCACUCUGCCAUGCCGAACUCCAAACAACAACAUCAGGGUUCUACAGUGGAGCAGAGAUGGCCUAAAGGCAGAAGACAUCUUUGUUUAUCGGAACAAGAUGGUCGAUCCAGACAACCAGCAUCAAUCUUUUAAGAACCGGGUGGAUCUGCAGGACAGACAGAUGAAGGAUGGAGACGCGUCUUUGAUUCUGAGCAAUGUGACGAUUCAUGAUAAUGGAACAUACAAAUGUCGUGUCUUCAUGGAAGAAACACGCUUAUGGAAAGUCAAGGAGGAAGAGACACAGAGGAUGGAGGAGAGACCAGCACAUUUGUUGGACUGA